AUGACUGACCGCCAAGAAUGGCAUGCUGUACGACCCGAAGGUCUUGCUGCGCGGAUAUUGAGCGUCACUAUUGGCUUCACCGUCGCCUGCCUCCUAGUUGUUGGUUCAAGGGUAUGGCUGCGAUUGAGGCUAUCGACAUUCGGCACCGAAUAUUAUCUCAUGUGUGCGGGAGUCACUCUCAACAUGGUGCACAACGCUGUUGUCAUGUAUGGGACGUUCACGGGGAUUGGCUCUCCUGACUCCAAGCUGAACACUGCCAUUAUGAUUGAGGGCGCAAAGGCUAUCGUCUUAUGGCAAAUAUUCUACGUCAGUGGCUCUCUGCUUAUCAAAACCAGUAUCUGCGCAACGCUCGUUCGCAUCGCUACUCGACGCCGAUUUAUCUGUACUUUGUACGGGCUAGUAGCAAUGUCAGCAGUAUCGACUUUGAUCGCCAUCUUAGAGGUUCUCGUUAGGUGUAAACCAGUGGCUGCAUCUUGGGAUCCAUCUCUCGGUUCUUGUCUUGACCAAACGAUUAUUAUCACCCUUACAUACGUUGUUUCGGUCAUCAACAUCAUCAACGACUUUGCGGUAGCGAUAAUUCCGGCCUUUAUGCUGUGGGACAUACACAUGCGGAGGCGACUGGAGGUCUUGACUAUCUUCAUUUUGGGGCUGGGAAUUCUCGCAUCAACCGCGACGAUUAUCCGUAUGCCUUAUUCCUCUGCGUAUAGUAACCCCGCAAACCUUCUUCGGAACGUUGGCAACAUCAUUCUUUGGACCGUCGUCGAAUGCGGUAUGGGGAUCAUUGCCGGAUGCCUUCCUAUGCUUCGCCAGCUUUUCAAGGGGCUUGCGAAAGAGUUGAGCAACAAAGAUGACACAUAUGCCCUUCGGGAACGCUCAGGAACGAUGGCUCUAGGCCAUGGCCGAAGCCGGAGUAAUCGAGAGAGCCCCCCUGACACGGAAACCGACAGCACACAUGGGAUCAUCAAAACGACCAGAAUCGAUGAGGGAUGCUCAGUCAUGCUUGCAGACAUUGAGUUGAGGCCCGGAGCUGAAGCGACUGUGGCCAAGUAUUUCAAGGACUCUAUCGAUGCCAACGGCGCCUACGCCAUUUUCCACGAGACAGACGUUUCCGACUGAAACCAGAUCAACUCAUUGUGGGCUACUGCACUCGAAAUCUUCCCGCUAGUUGAUUUCGUCUGCAACGGCGCUGGUGUUUAUGAGCCUCCGUCAAGCUGUUUCUGGAAUGCCCCUGGGAUUUCUCCUCUCGCUCAAGACCCAUUUGAUGCUGAAAUUGGGCAAUACAAGACAUUCGCGGUCAACACAAUUGGACCAAUUCGAUUGGCUCAAAUUGCCAUUGACUAUUGGCUCCAGAACCGCAGCAUCGAGGGCAACCUUCUUUGGAUCGCAAGUCUAGGCGGAUACGUCCAUCCAAUGCAUACGCCCGUGUACUUUGCCAGCAAAGCUGCCAUCGUAAGCAUGGUCAAGAGUCUUGGUGGUCUCAGGAAGGAGCUGGGAAUCCGAAAUGCUGCAGUUUGUCCUGGAGCAGUUUAUGUGAGUGGCCAAGAAGACCCUGCAAUACCAAUUUCUUCUCACGGUUCUUCUUUCAUCCCGAAAACAAACUGAC